UCGAAAUUCAAAGCUUCAAGCAUUUACACUCAAUAUUCUUAUUUAUAAAACCUUUCUACCCUUUACUCCGUGUCCUCAAAUAACCCCUUCAAGUACGUUUGACAUAUAAUUCCGUUACAGCUUAUAGAUCAUGGGAAAAUCAAGACCUCACAACAAGAAGGCCUCCAAAUCUCGCGCAAAGUCCGUUUUGGGCGCUGGCGGCUCGGUUUCGAAACAAAAAAUGAACGAAGACCCCUCUAAGCUCCUCGAGCAGGCGACGAUACAGCUCCAGACCGGUCAACCGGACGCAGCUCUCCAGUUAGCUCAGCAAGCCCUUAACAAUGCGCCGGACAAUUCUCCAUCUCAAUUAGUGGCACUUAAUACCGUUGGAGAGAUCUACGUUGAGCUGGGCGAGAUCGAUGUUGCGAAACAACACUUUAUGCGUGCCAUCGAGCUCGACCCGAAUGGCACGAUCCCUGAGGCUGAAGGAGGCGGUGCUGAGAAGUUCCUAUGGCUAGCUCAAUUGAGCGAACAGGGUGGGAAGGACAGCGUUCAAUGGUUCGAGAAGGGAGUGUCGUCGCUCAGGCAUAUUAUUCAGCAGCUUGAGCAGAAACCUGGCCCUGAGGAAGCGCUUGAGCUGGCCGAGAAGAAGCGCAAGAUGGCGAAUGCCCUCUGCGCUGUUGCUGAGAUCUACAUGACCGAUCUCUCGUGGGAAGAAGAUGCGGAAAACCGUUGCGAAUCACUCAUCACAGAAGCCCUCCUUGUCGCUCCGAAUGCGCCCGAAGUACUACAGACCCUCGCAUCGAUCCGGAUCUCGCAGCUACGGACAGAAGAGGCUCAAGCAGCGCUCAGGAGGAGUCUCGAUCUUUGGAAAGACCUACCGCCCGAGGACUUGUCCAUUCCUGACUUUGCGACAAGAAUCAGUCUUUCCCGUCUCCUGAUGGAGGUCAGUAUGGAGCUUGAGGCUCUCGAGGUGCUGGAACGCCUGAUCUUGGAGGACGAUCAAAGUGUAGAGGCAUGGUAUCUUGGAGGAUGGUGUCUGCAGCUCCUGGCCGGGAAGCAACAAGCACCGAAGGAUGCCGACGAAGAGGACGGCAACACCCCAGAGGCCAGGCGCCAUGCAUCACUCGUGGCUAGCCGCGAGUGGCUCAAGCAAAGCUUGACGCUGUACGACCUCGUUCAGUAUGAGGACGAGAGGCUUAAGGAACACGCACUGGAAUUGGUCCAAGAGAUGAACAAGGAGAUCGGUGAAGAUAUGGAUGACGAUGAGGCCGGGGAGGGUGAGGAAGAUUGGGAGGACGAGGAGAUCGAGGUGGAAUCUGACGGCGAUGACGAGAUGGCUGACUCAUAAAAAGCUGCAUGUUUUGAUUGUUACGAAAGUUCUUUGUCAUGAUACCAGUAUAUAAAAGGGCAUGUUUUCCGAUACAA